CACGACGACGCUAGCAGACAGGCAGCUAGCUGCACGUGUUUUUGUUGCGGUGUGUGCAAAACGACCGCAAAAUGAACGGAAAUGACUCUGAAGCUGUCGGGGACAGCACUGGGAAGCAUAAAAAAAGCCGCUUCCUCGACGCUUUCUACAGGCUAGCCGAUACAACGUUAGAAUGUCGUGUUAGCGGGGCUGAAACAGUCAUCAAGGAGUUAGUGAAGUCAUCGGAAGAGUCCGACUCUUCCGAUAAACUGCAGUACACGAUCGAGCGACUCAUCAAGGGCCUUCCGUCGACUCGCAAAUGUGCCCGCGUUGGAUUUGCUGUGACACUCGUGGAGGUUCUCAGAGCUUUCCCCGGUGCCACUGCGGAGGAAGUUCAAGCUUGCAUCCUUAAAUACCUGCCUGAAGACACGAAGGAGGACAAGAACCAUGUUAUUCUGGCACGGGGACUCACACUUGCUGCCCUCGUUCGUUCGGGGAAAGCAGUUGAAGCAGCAGGUAGUGUCGCAAAGGAAGUGCUGGAGCUGGGCACGCGCCACGGUCACCUACAGCUCAUGGCGUGCGACAUCUUCAAGGAACUUCUCAACCAGGUGAAUGAAAAGAAGUUCAAGAAGAAGGUUUGGCCCGAGCUGCAAGAAAUGUUGUCGUGCGGUUGGGAGGACUGCACGCCACUCAAGCUCUACGUCCUGGUCCAGGCAGCAUCCAGAUUUCCGAGUUUGGUGGAUGGAGCUUUUCUCCAAGAGAAUUGGGGUUGUGAUAGUAUUCUUGACAAGGCCAACUAUGCACACAUUGUGCAGAUACUUCAGAAAUCCACAGUUGUACAUCCCAACGUCCAUCCUGUGUGCACAUUGAUCCUGCAAGCUGUUGCUAGCACAAAGGGCUUCAAGAAGUUCUGGAGAAGCCUUAUGGAUGAGUGCCUUCUCACUUCACGUCGGGAUGAGCACGUCUUCCUGGCUGUACAGCUUGUCAAGUGGUGCCUGCCUCAGCUCACUACCACCGAUAAGGUGGAAAUAGUUCUCUCACCAGAGUUGAGGAAACAAGUGAUUCAUGCCCUGUCCAAUAACUGGCACGUUUUGCAUUCCAUAAGUUGCAAUCUGGCACAGUUCUUAGUCGAGCUUGCAAAGAAAUCGGAGGACGCACAGAUUCAAGUGGCCAUCCUUGGCUUCUUCGUGCAGCCGCCGGGCACCAUUCUGAUUGACCACAGUAACGAAAAAAAAAUCAUCCAUGAUAUCCUGAUCACAGCAAAGCCGGAAUGUGUCCAGUGGUAUGCAGAAUUCUUAAAGGGCAUUGCACGAGUAGAAGGCAGGGAAGGGCCACCACAUCUUAUGAAACCUCAGCGGGAAGCCUUUGAACAGCUUUCGAACUUGCUUCACCUUCCUGCCAUGGCUGCUGACGUGGACUUUAGGACCGACAUUGUUCACUUCUUGCUUGAUGCCUACACUGCAAGGGUCCACAGCAAAGACAGCUCGCAGGGUGAAGCUGUACAGAAGUUGUUCCAAAGUGCGGUCCUCAAAAGUAUUGUGCCUUUGAAGAAAACCCAGCUUGGUGAAUUUGUGGGCUUCCUCACAUCGCUUCUGCUUCGAAUCAAAGCUUCUUUAGGAGAUGGGGCGAGCACAGACGUGAAAAAGUCUCAAGAAACCAAGCACAUGCUUGAAAAGAUUGACUCUGCAGCCAGCCUGGACGAAUCUGUGGCAACAGCUUUCAAGGUUCUCCUGCUGUACCUCACCACCUUGACUGCACUGGGAAUCUCCGACGACCCUUCAUCGCUGCAGGAGGUGUGCAGCUCUGCCCGAGAUCUGCUGAGUGAAACGAUCGAGGCCGAGGAAGAGCACAAGGCCAAGUGGGUGCAGCUUGUCGUGGACCUGGCACUUAGCAUGCUGUCCAUGCAGAGCCUACAUGUGCGUGCCAUCGCCACAGCUGCAUUUGCCCACCUUCACAACCAGUUGUCAGACGAGGCAUUGGGCCUGCUGCUCGACGUAUUUUCUUCGAAAAAAACUGGUGAUAAGGAACAAGAAGAAGAAGAUAGUGAUGAUGGUGAAGAAAUGGAUGAUGGUGGUGAAGAGUCGGAAAGUGAGGAAAGUGAUGAAGAGAGUGAUGUGGAAGGUGAAGAAAACAGCGAUCCAGAUGAGGAACUGAGGUCAAGGCUAAGGGCAGCAUUGGGAAGUGCAGCUGCAGAUGAGGAAGAUUCGGUAACAGCUGAAGACAUUGUGCCAACAGAUGACCAAAUGUUUGAACUGGACGGGGCCAUUGCGGAAGCAUUUCGAGGCAGACUACGACCAGCGAACAAAGAGAAGAGCAAGGAAAGAACAAUCAGCAUUCAUUUUCAGACCAGAUGCCUGAACCUCCUGAAUAAUUACGCCAAGAGUAGUGUGGCUCCCCUGCAUCACCUUGUACAGAUAGCAGCAACGCUGGUGAAGGCAUCAUCCUCGAAUGCGCUAAGAGGCAGCCACGAAGUCCUCAAUGUCAUCUCUGACACACUGCACGUCAUUAGCAGCACCCGAAAGUUUGGCACUAUUCUGGACGUACGCAGUGAUAUUGAGUCCCUCGCAUCCACUGUGAUGGAACAAGUUAAUCUUGUCUCACAUGUUGGCAUGAAGAAUGCAUUGAGCUCCCUGUGUGCAUUCCUGGUUCGCUGCCACAAGAAAAUUUGCAGUGAAUUGGCCAUCAAGAAAGUUGACCACCAUUGGUACAUGCCACUUUACAUGAAGACACUUGACUCCUACUUGGAUGAAAAUUCUCAUAUCAGUCCACAGCUUUUUGUGAAGCUUAUGGAGGCAUAUCCUGAACACUGUCUCGACUUCGUGGAGCACCUCGUGCCACGUGCAACUGAUUGUGCUGAACGCAACUACAAGCGGCUUCACAUUCUUGGACUCCUUGUUGCAGCUCUACGAAUAGUUCAGGUGGAUGCAGGCUCACAGGAGAAGUUGGCUUCAGUGCUGGAAGCUCUCAGUGAGCUAUCCAUAAAGCUUAUGACUGACAUGACGGAGAAGGGUGAGCCGAAGCAACACCUGCUGGUCGAGGUGUGUGACCUGUUGCUGUUAGUUGCCAAGCAGUGCGGCAAUGUUGGCAUGGAGUGUCCCAUUAGAGGCAACAGCAAGCUUGAGCAGUCACUGACAUUGCUGAGGAACACAAAAAUGUCCAAGAGAAAACCACUCAAGGCAAAGCUUGCUGCUCUUCUCAAAGGUGUUCAGACAACCAGUAUCAGCUCUAGUGCGAAGCCUGCGAAACCCAAGAGGAAAUCAACUGCACUGAACGGCGAUGCCACGCCAAAGAAGCAUGCAAGAAAGUCUUGAAGCUUCAGUAAACGGGCAUCUAGGCUGUUUUCUUUUUU